UAGGUAGGUAGAGCCGCCCACGGGCCGUUACGCUCGCGUGACUCACAUGGGCCUGGUUACUGGUUAGCUAAAGUGGAAUGGAGAUAGAACAUCAUGUCGAUCAAAAGCAAGAAGGAGGAAAUCAAUUUCUUCGAAAGGCAAAAGGACAACGAGAAAUCACAGGGAAAGGAGGAUCUCAACAGAAGUUCUGAAAAUCAUGAUGUAGAUUCCCCAGAACAGCAUCGCAAAUCCCCAAGUCCAAUCCUUAUUAAAGUCCAGAGCGAAAACAAGGGUGAGGAUACCAAACAUCUCCUCGACAUGGACGAAGACGAGGAGAACAAACCAGAAGAACUGGUAAAGAGUCCUUCAAACAGGGGAGAUAACAAUGAGCAGGAAAAGAAUAAACUGGAACAAACUGAGAACGAAAAGAUUGAAAAUGUCAACAAAGCAGUGAAAGCUGAAGAAAAGGUGAAUGAUGAUGGAAAUAGAAAGGACAACAACAAUGCUAAAGGAGGAAAUGACGAUGAUGUGAUCACACCGAUCGAGGAUGAUCACAUUGUUACCAUGGAUAUCAAAGACAAGGAUAAGACAGACAAACCUGAUGGAAAAGAUGUCACAGACGCUAUAAGUGUAUUGUCACUAUUCAUGGAGAAAGACUUGCGAUAUUAUUUCCAACACCCCUAUUUGAGAAUAUUUAUAGCUUACUUUGUAACAUUCUGUAAUUUUCUCAUAUAUGCUGAAGAUCCUGUUGCACACAGUAUGAAAGAAUGUAAUAUUCCACUGAUUGGGAAUGACUUCGCUUUCGUGUGUACACGCUAUCCGCCCAAUGCAUUCAGUUUGUUGAAGGUAGUGAUGUGGCUUGGAGCCAUUGUCGUCGGCUGUAUCCUCGGAAAGAUUCUCAUACACAUGCUGCUCUUCAACAAAAUACUACGUCUGAAGAUGUUCAGCGAGGAUCAAGGAUCAUGGAUGGUUAUGUUUCUCUGUAGUCUUCUGUCCAUUUUUGUAAUGUCCUGGAUUUACAAUGGUUUUCUGAUAGCUGGAGGAGACAGUACAGAACCCUACCGCAUCUCCGGUGACCUGGGACUGUCAAACUCUAUCUUCAUGAAGGCAGCGGCAUGUGGUACAUGGUGUGGAGACUUUUUCACUGCCUGGAUGGUUACAGAUAUGAUGUUACAAGAGAAGCUAUACCCAGGCUGGGCCAAACCUGUCCGCACUUGGUGGAAUCACCGCUACAAUCGUAUCAUCUUGUUCUGGGUUGUUACCUUGGUAACAUCCUUCAUUGUGAUUUUUGUGAUAGCAACUGACUAUAUACAGUGGGAGAAACUGAACCGUGGAUUCCUGCCUACUAAUGAACUGUCCAGGGCCUUUCUGGCCUCCUUCAUCCUUGUUAUGGACAUCUUGAUUGUUUGUCAGGAUUGGGAUUUUCCCCAUUUUAUGAGUGCUAUUGACAUCAAAAUGCCCGGUGUUAACACUGCACACAUCAAAUUUGACAUCCCCAAGUGUCUUAAGAAAGAGGUGUGGCAGGUCCAUAUUACUGGUAAAUGGUUUAAUUAUGGGAUUUUGUUUAUCGUUAUGCUGCUUGACCUAAACAUGUGGAAGAAUCAGAUUUUCUAUAAGCCCUAUGACUACGGACAGUAUGUAGAUUCUGAGGGGCAGAUCCACACAGUGCUAGACGACUUUAGCCUCAACACUUUUAAUGAGAGCUUAUUAACCUGGUCCUACAGAAACAAGACAAUAAAUCCACUGACCAAUGCCUCCUACCUACAGGGCGAUAUGGUUGUCAGCACUCGAUACUACGACUUCAGUCUAGCAUUGAAAGGCUUGGCGUUUAUUCCAGCCUUGUUGGCGUUUGUUGUGUUUGGUAUUACUGUUUGGAUGUUUGGCCGUUUUAAGCCAACAAAAGAUGAUCCAUAUGCUGGACGAUUGAAAAAGCGUAGGAAGAAGAGGAGGUUUUCUCUACGAAGUUUAUCAAGUUCCUUCCGAAAAAUCGAACUGCGGAGAAAAGUUCAAGCUGUACCCAAGCUGUUACAUUUCCGACGGAAACAAAGUCCUAAUCAUGAUCCUUCAUCACAGGGAUCAGGAUACCCGGAAAAUUGGUCUGCACCAGCUGAUGUUAAAUAGAUAGAAGCAUUCACCGGGAAUGUUUUUAGCUGAUUCUUAGUGUCAUGUUGGUUGUCUUUUCUGUUGUCAUGACUUCAAUGCAUUUGUAGACUUAGGUUGACAUUGUGAUAUAAAUACAAUGGAUAUAAGCUUCUACCAAAGUUACAUUUUUCCAGGUCAAGGACAAAUAAUUCAUAUGUUCACUAUUGUCCUUUAUUUUAACUGAAUAUGUGUCAAAUUGUAAUAUUAUAGAACUCCUAAUAAUUUAUAUAUAAUAAUCUUUCCUCUUAACUACGUGGCUAGCAUCUGAUUUCUCUGAUGAAGAACAGUACCCUGUAUACUGGCAAUAAUUUUACAUGAUAAUGGCUGGGUCACCUCUAUAGUCAUCUUUUUAACAUCAUUUAAAUGGCUGUUGUAUUUAUGAUGGUAUGUAUACCCAUAAUACUAAAAAAACAUUUUUCGAUCACCAACUCUUCAGUUAUGGGAUAGUUGUUGGUCCAAAUUUUCCACAUUACUGACUGAAGCAUUAGCCGUAGAUUUAAGGUGUAUUUUACUACAUGUAUAAGAUUUAUUUUUGUAUGCUGUGUUACUCUUGUGACAAAUUUCCUGUCCAGGCUUUGUUAUAAUUAUCAUGAUAGUACAUAACAUUGUCGGUAAUGUAGUGUUAUUAUAACUGUAGAUUGGAUGUUAGAAGGAUGUUUAUAAGAUAAUUUGAAGUCGUGUUGCGGGUAUAUCCUUAUAGUGUUCAACCUGACAUUCAGCAUACUACAUGAGUACCCUAGAUGCCUUAAUCUUAUGUUAAAAUUUCCUGUGUAUAUUGAUUGAAAUCAGAAAAUACUUUUUAUAGAAAUUAUACACAAGUCCCUUCUUUUACUACGAUAUAUAUACAUUGUAUUUUUCUGGUCAUUUUUUUUCCCGUGAUACCCGGUCAAAUAAAGAAGUUCAGAAAGACUUAAAAUUAUUUUUCAAAAUCUGCACUUUAUAUAAUAGUGAUACAGUGGGGUUUUAAGACUUCCCCUAGCACAUAUACCAAUGCAUGGAGGGUAAUGUAGACAUUUUGUGAAGCAAUUCUCUGUACAAUAUAUGUGUUGUACGUACUAUGUAGUGUACCCAAGUUCAGUGUAGCAGAUUUCCUAGUAGGACAUAGCACAACUAUAGCUCCCAGGUGUUAAUUGAAGCCAUAACUUCCUGCUUUCCUUCCAUCAGUCUUGUUUCUAGCAGUAACAACAGCUGCCCCUUUCUGAAAGUAUAACUUUGUACAAUGUUCUACCAAUGUAAUUUUGUCUUGAUCACGAUGGUGCACAUCAUGUGUAUCUAUCAGUGAGUCUAUUGAUAAGCCCACCCAUGUCAGAUUACAAUCAAAAUCUGCCCUUAUUGCGUGCAGUCAUAACAACCUAAUUUGAGUACAGAAGUAUGGUUUGUACAUUCUGUUCAAUACAGUCUCCAUUAUUCAGUAUACUUCUUUUGCUCAGUUAGUAGAACUGUGAAUUAUGCCGGAGAUCUGGGUUAAUUUCUAUCGUAGCACUCAUCGAGAAUCUGUUUUACUGUUCUAUUUCAUGACUUAGUGUUUAGGUGUUACUCCUCAAAGUUCGAUAUUGUAAACAUAUCACAUAUUGUCUAGAAUGUGAUGAAGUUUUGAAUAAUGUGGCAACAAAUGCUUAUGUGUAAGUUCACUGUUGAUAAUCACAAUAAGAUUAUAUUUGUUGAAUGUCACAGUGUGACACCAGCCUCGGCUACUUGUGACUCGAUGGUUUCUGUUAGUUGUUUCCAAUUUUUUGUCAGGUUGUUAGUAUAGAUGUAUAUUAUCUCUUGUUGUAAUCACACAUGGCAGUAAUGUUUAUAAACUGAUCCAGGGUACCAUGAUGGUGAUCAGACCCAACACUGUAAGAUCGUAAUGAAAAUGCUGUACAUUGUUAUUGUAUUUAACUCGGGCGAAUACUAGUGACAAUAUGCUGCUCAGCUAGAGAGAACUUCGGUUGAGAGUCAGGGAUCUUGGGUUCUAUUCCUAGCAGAGGCAUUGAAAUAGUUAAUGACCUCUGUUACAUUGUCACCCAUGUAGGGACUAGGGAAUACUACUUAGUUAUAUCUCAAAUGCAUCGCUGGAACCCUGGAAACUCAAGGACAUGUCUUCCUGUAGGGGAGAAUGUAACCCUAGAAUAUACUAGCCGUAAUAUUCCAUUUGGCUAGAGAGAACUCCUCUUUAGCGUGGUUAGGUUGUCCUGUCAGGGUUGGGAUUUUCUGUCAAGCAUUGGCCUGACUCCUGUUCAAUCAGGAUUGGGAUUUUCUGUCAAGCAGACUUGGUCUUGACUGGUAUCCUAUAGGGAUUAAGAAUCCCUGUCAGGCAUGACUUGAUCUCACUUCCAGUCAGGUUAAAAAGUCUGCUGUCGGAUCUGGUCAGAAUUUACAGCUGAUGAUGUACUCUAUACAUCUGAUUAAAUUUGAUAUAGUUGUCACCAUAAGAAUAUGUUAUGAAUAUGUAAAUGGCUUGUUUGAUAAUCUUUACAAUAUUUAUAUAUUUACAGGCCAAAAUGUUGAAGUGCAUCAAAAUAGGCAACAAUACAAUAUUUUUAUACAAUCUAUAUAUCACAGAUGGUGCAGUGUGACACCUCACUAAGUCUCUUUUUAAUGAAUGAGAGAGGGUGUUGUUUGUAUAUAAGUAUACUUUUCCAUCUGCUUCAGUACACUCUCAGUCUAAAAGGUUUCCUACAGGUUUCACUGCUGACGCUCGUAGUAAUCAUUAAAGUGAUUUAUGUCUCUACUACCAUUACGUGGACGUCAAGAUUCAGUAUGAGGUUUGUAGGAUGUUCACAAUGUUAGAGACAUGUAAGCAUUCUAGUGUCAGGAAACUGGUCUAACAUAGAUAAGCUUUGGGUAUACAUCGGAGACAUAACAAGCUUUGGGUGUAUUUCUGAGACCUAACUAACUUUGGGUGUACAAUCGUAUUUGAACACAGAAAUUUGACAUUGUCUUGGCAUCUACUCUUUAAAAUAGUCGGAGCUUUACAAUUGGCAGUUGACCAGAUGAAAAUAAUUGUCAAUUCUGGGCUAAAAAUAUACCUGUUGUGAAAGACUAACUAAAGGUGGGGUUAGGGGUCACACUCUUUGUGUAAUAGCUUUCUGGUGUAGCCGGUGGUGGAUUAGAUGUCAUAUGAUUGUGAACCAUGAUGUUAUUAAAAAAAUAGGCAUUUUAGAUUUAUAAAAACAAUGUCAAACUUCUGUAAUGUCGUAUGUGAGUCAUUGAGUAACUUGAGUUACGUGUCUAUAGUAAUAACUCAAUAUCACUAUACUUUAUAUACACUUAUGAGUAACUCACUUAAGAUAUCUGUUGAUUGUUAAGAAUCUGUACCCUAUUUUUCUCUUAUAUUUGAUAUUCCGUACCCUAUUUUUAGAUCAAUUUGAGAGUAGAUAUCCGUAUAUAUUUGUGUAGAGAUAUGAAAUUCUUGUUAUAUAACAAUGUUAAUUUUCUGUAUUUCAUUGUUUCUAAAGAUUUGUGUUGAUAUGCCUAUAAUGAAUACCAUAAAUUUAUUUUCCAUGAUAACCUGUUGUCUAGCCACUCAAUUCUGUAAAUUAUAUUAUAAAAAGCUGCAGCUACAAAACUGCAGGUUUUUAUUUUGAUCUGUAUCUGCACUCAUCCAUGAUUACAGAAUUCUCACUCAUCCAUGAAAGCUGUAUAUUCAAUCAUGUGUGAUAGCUGUAGCAUCACUCAUCCACAAUUGAAGUAGUCUCACUCAUCCAUGAAAGCUGUAUCAGUGUAUCUUCACUCAUCUGUAAUAGCUGUAACUUCACUCAAUCACGAUUACAGAAUUCUCACUCAUCCAUGAAAGCUGUAUCAGUGUAUCUUCACUCAUCUGUAAUAGCUGUAACUUCACUCAAUCACGAUUACAGAAUUCUCACUCAUCCAUGAAAGCUGUAUCAGUGUAUCUUCACUCAUCUGUAAUAGCUGUAUCAUUACUCAUUACGAUUGAAGUAUUCUCACUCAUCCAUGAAAGCUUUUCCUUCAUUCAUCCCAGAUAUCGUCACUCAGCUGUAAUGGCUGUAUCUUCACUCAUCCAUGAUUUCUGGAUACUCACUCAUCCAUGAUAGCUGUAUUUUCACUCAUCCACGAUAGCUCUAGAUCUACCUUCACUCAUCCAUGAAAUCUUUAUCUUCAUUCAUCUCUGAUAUCGUCGCUCAUCUGUGAUAGCUCUGUCUUCACUCAUCCUUUAUGACUCAACAUCAAGACUAUUUGGAAACUUUCAGCUGUAGGUGUCAUUGUUUGAUCAUUAAUCGUUCACAGUGAUGAGUGCCAGUUACACUGCUUUAGUGAUUUUGUAGACUGUUUGAGGAUAGAAAUAAGAUCUGUUACUUUUUAUAAUUUGAUAGAUAACAGUAUUUUAUAUCAAAUUCUAGAAUUAGUGCCUGAGAAAUUUUCAUCUCAUUACAUAGAGUUAUUUCCCUUGAAUUCAUUUGUCGCAUUAGAAGGGAAAAAAAGCAAAUCUGUAUUCAGCAUUUAUGUUGCUAACAUGUAGGUCAGGAAAUUUAUAGAGCAAUUGAUGUAUAACGAGAUUGUAGGGCACAGCCUGCCUUACCCAGUCAGUGUUAAAGUAGGUCUCACUGUAAUUCAGUAUUUGGUGGCUUUGUUGUUUAAUAUUAAUGUAAAUUAAUUGAUGUUUCAUAGUUAAAAUAUCAGUAAGUCUGUCACAUUUUUUUUUCAAAUCUGUUUUGUAGAAUUUCUUUUUUUUUUUUUUACAUAUUUUUUAUUCACUUUUUUGAAGUUUUAAUGGACCCUUUUGCUCCAUGGUAACAAAUUCAGAAGUUAAGAACAAAGAAAAAAUGGCAUGUCACUAACAACAUAUACUGACAACCAUUUAAAGUUGGAAUAUCAUUUCAUAUCUUGACCAUUGUGUGUCCAAUAACACCCCAUUUUAUUAUUGGUAACUGUAAAUUCAAUUCCUCCCUAUCUUUUUGUAUACCUUAAUCAUUUACUUCAAACACAUUAUUUUAAGUCUCAUGAAUAGGUAAGCCUCCUCUCUUCAACUCACAUUGAGAAGCCCCAAGAAUACCUGUUUAGAUAUUCAACAAUUUCAGUUGAUUUUUCAGUUUUACACUUUGCAGACAUAUACAUUAUAUAUAUAUAUAUAUAUAUAGAUCACAUGUAUUAUUUUAGAUAUGGAAUUACCUUUUUAUAUCAUAAAUCAAUAUUACGUAUUUAUAUGAAAGUUUAGAAGAAAUAAGCUGUGAACAUUUGCUACGCCCAUGAUGGCUUAAGACCAUGAUACACUUGCUUAGUAUUGCAAUGUUUUUGUUCUAGUUUUAAUCCAUUCUUCUUCUGUAAAGGAUCAUAAACUGAAAACAGAUCAAUUUUAUUUUGCUGACUGUAAACAUUUAGCUUACAUCUCUCUGUAAGUAUAUUCUUUUGUGUUUACCCUUAUGAUAUUCCUCAAAAUAAUUUUAGUACAGAAAGGCGUAUAUUCCGGCAAAUAUUGUUUAUAUCUAAUUCUAUUUUUUCAAGGUCUUUUUUGUUGCUUAAAAGUCUUAAGAUUGCUCCCUAAUUUCAUCAUAAAUUGUCGUCACUGCUUAAUUGCCCCCAAAUUUAUCAUAAAAUAUUUGUUGUGUUUUGAUCUUUACUUUUUAGGAAGUGAUUGAUGUGAUUGUAGCAUAAAAAGCAUUGAAUACUUUGUUAAAACUGUGCUCAGAACCGAGUAAAUGUCAAUAUGUUUAUUUGUAGUACAACAUGUAUCUACAUCUUGGUUUAGAACCUAGAAUACAAAUGUAUUAAUAUAUCAUCUUAAUUAUCAUCAACUUGUAGUGUCAUUUACUACUCAGUUGAUUUAACAGAUAUCAUACAUGUAAUUUAGUAAUUUAAUUCUUAUUUAAGUUUAUAAAAAUGAAUAAAUAUGAUACAGGUAA